AUGGAUCUGUCCCACACACGCAAAAGGAACCGCGACGAUGACAGCAGCGAUGAAGAACAGACGGCGCUGAAGAAGCUGCCACUCCCUCUGUCGAGUCCGGAGAACCAUGACGAGGACAAGGCCAAGAGCAGUGACCUCUCGGCGCAAAGUGCAGGCUCCACGGCCUGCCCACCCACUGCCAGGAGCCUAGAUGGUGCCUCAUCUGCAACCACCGCUUCGACCAGCGAGGCCCACGAGGGUGCCGCUCAGACGGUACCGGCUAGCCUCCUGCCGGUUGAAUCAAGUGGUGCAGCUACAGCGGAGGACAGCAGCACAGACACCACCGCCCCGCGGGCCAAAUCCACCCUGACCGCUACGCAGGACCCUUCUGCGUCCGAUUGCGACGACAUGAAGGACUGUGCUGCCAAGCGGAAAAGCACCAGGGCGGCCCCACCAACUGCGGCGGACUUCCUCAAGACGGCACAAGCGAGAGCCCCAGCUCGAAAGGCUAAAAAAAGGAGUAAGGGCAAGAAGCCCCCAUUCCGGGAUGGCCACAACAGCCGCACUCUGCUCCAGUCGUCAACACGGCAGGCCAACCCGCACAGGCUGAGAAUAUCGCGGCAGCAGCCCCGGAACCGCGACGAUGACAGCAGCGACGAAGAACAGACGGCGCUGAAGAAGCUGCCAGUCCCUCUGUCGAGUCCGGAGAACCAUGACGAGGACAAGGCCAAGAGCAGUGACCUCUCGGCGCAAAGUGGAGGCUCCACGGCCUGCCCACCCACUGCCAGGAGCCUAGAUGGUGCCUCAUCUGCAACCACCGCUUCGACCAGCGAGGCCCACGAGGGUGCCGCUCAGACGGUACCGGCUAGCCUCCUGCCGGUUGAAUCAAGUGGUGCAGCUACAGCGGAGGACAGCAGCACAGACACCACCGCCCCGCGGGCCAAAUCCACCCUGACCGCUACGCAGGACCCUUCUGCGUCCGAUUGCGACGACAUGGAGGAGGACCAUGAGGCUGAAGACUGUGCUGCCAAGCGGAAAAGCACCAGGGCGGCCCCACCAACUGCGGCGGACUUCCUCAAGACGGCACAAGCGAGAGCCCCAGCUCGAAAGGCUAAAAAAAGGAGUAGGGGCAAGAAGGCGACUCGUCAACAGCAGGCACCUGCAACACAAGCUGAGGAAGACUUCAAGGAGGCCUGCAGCAAGGCAGCUAGCCGCCGGGCCAGAAAACUCGCGUCUGCUGCACUGCCUGUGGACUCUGCAGUUGUGGGCACAGUGCUCUUCAAGCCAUCUGCCCCAGGGGGCUCCUUCCAGGGCUCCCUCCGGCUGACCCUGGCCCAGCUCCUGGCACUCACGGAGCUACGGGGGAUAGCAGUGAAGGCCAGGCAGCCCGCAGACCGACUGACCAGCAUCGGGUAUCUCCACGGUGUGGACGGGGAGCCGGACAACGCCAGCCUCCUAAGUGGACUGCAGUCUACGCUGUCGGUGCUGUCAGCUACCAGGGAGGGCAGCACGGUCACACUACGAUUCGCAGGACCGGUCCCUCCACAGCACGUGAAGCUGUUCCUGGUCCGGUUCCCCAUGCGACCAGCAAGACCCCGCCUUCUGCAGUGCCGACAGUGUGGGCGCUUCGGCCACGCCAGAGAGGCCUGCAACUGGCCCGACGGUUUGCAUCAGAUGCGGACGUGCCCACCCGGAGGGGGAGACAUGCCAGCGCCCAAGAUUCAUUAA